GUCAAUGACUUACAGCAAGCUAUCACCACGCUGGAAGACGCGAUUCGUAAGAUCGAUAUAGAAACACGGGACUUGCUCACCAGUACCUUCGAUAGCGUCAACCACCACUUUGGCCUGAUGUUCCCUCAGCUUUUCGGCGGUGGUCAGGCCAAAUUGGUUAUGACGGGAGCUGAAAUCUUGGACACUGGCGUACAAGUCGUUGCGCAACCGCCUGGAAAGAAAAAUCAAACCAUACACCUGUUAUCGGGUGGAGAAAAGGCGCUGACUGCGAUUGCCUUGGUUUUUGCUAUAUUUCAACUCAAUCCGGCGCCGUUUUGCUUGCUUGAUGAGGUGGAUGCUCCGCUUGAUGAUGCAAACACUGAACGGUAUGCCAAAUUGGUUACCCGCAUGAGCAGCAACACCCAGUUUCUCUUUAUCAGCCACAACAAAAUCGCGAUGGAAAUGGCGCAGCAACUCAUAGGCGUGACCAUGCAGGAGCAAGGCGUAUCCCGCAUCGUGGCUGUGGAUAUGGAAUCUGCCGUUGGCAUGAUCGACAAGCUGGAGACAGCGUAA